UUUUUUUUCUGACGAUUGGGGAGAAUACAGUAUCAGUCGACAAUCGAGAAGCACUGAAGACGGUUGCACUUAAGUUUUCUCGAAACAUUUACCAAACUCUCUUUAGAAAAUUUUAUUUGUAUCGUGCACUUUACUUCAACCGGGUCGUUAUGCCAGACAAAUCGUGAGCCAGGCACUCAACCCUAUUCCCCUUUGCUGUCGAGAGUAGUUUCUGUAGACAUUUGCGGAAGAGUAGAAUAAAAGAAAAUUGAAAGUUGUAAAAAAAAAUCACGAAAAAUGACCGCUGCUACUGCAGCCACAUGGCUCACCCUGGCCCUCGUGGUGGAAGGCCUACUCGGUGAAGAAGUGAUCCUCAGCGUAAACACUAAAAAACCAUUGGCAAUCACCAGCGAAAAGUUUCUCAGCUUCACCCUGGAUCCCACUGACAUUCUCACGAGCAAUUUUAUCACAGACAAUCCCGAGAGGUGUGUAAACAUGGCGAGAGCUUUAUCACCAGCAUAUGUACGUAUAGCUGGUCCGAGAAGUAAUUCAUACACUUUUGCUAGAGCCCACACGAUGCAAGAGGAGGAUCCCAGUUUUAUUUUUACAGAGACACAGUGGAAUACCUUGAAUUGGUGGACGAUGAAUUCGGGUUUAGAUAUGGUCGCCGCAGUAGCACCUCAGCAACAUUCCGAGGUGGCCAGUGCAGCCACGAGAGAUGCAGUUUGGGAUUCCCGAAACGUACUGGAUCUCAUUUCAUUUAGCGAUCAUAUGGGCUACAACAUCAGCUGGCAACUCGGAUACGAAUGCCAGACGAGAUGUGACAUUAGUGGGGGAGAUUUAGGCAAGGACGUGAUGAGACUGCGAAGUAUGCUGGAGGCAUUUCCGAGGUUUGCUAGGAGUAUCAUUGUAGGGCCGGAUGUUGUCACAUUUAAAACUAGAUUGCAGCAAUUGUACCUACAAGAGUAUUUGAAUGCUGGUGCAGGAGGACUCUCGGCAAUUACAUGGCAUCCGGACUUUGCCAGCAUCAGCCUGGAUCCCGCUGGAGUUUCCAUGCACCAUGAUAAUUUAGCUGUGGACAAGGACCUCCUGUAUCGAGUAAUAGGACGUACCAUGUCAAAGAAACCCCUCUGGCUCGCUGAAUCGAAACCGGAGAAAUGCAAGAAACAAUUUCUGGGAGCUCUAGUUUGGACCCGUCGUUUGGGGAAUUCCGCGAAACUUGGUGCACAAGUUUUGAUGAGGCAACCUCAAGAAUCGAAUCUCUUCGAAGCAACUCCCGACUACUGGGUAUCAGUUCUCUACAAAACUCUGGUAGGUCGUCAAGUACUUGAUACAAAAAUAGCAACGGGUAACCGCACCCACCUCCACUUCUAUUGUCAGUGUACAAGACCCUCGUCAAAGUACGAAAAGGGUUCACUUACUGUUUUUGGCAUCAACCUGACGCCCAUCAAACUCGCUGUUAGUUUGAAAGGUCUCAAGAUCAAAACCCUGCACAAGUAUAUUCUAUUGCCAGGCCUCGAUGUGGAAAACCGAAUGUUUUCCGAGACUGUACUGUUGAACAACGAGCCGUUGAAACUUCAAAAUGGAAAGGAUAUGCCGGAAAUUAAUCCAGUAGUUGCUACCAGCCCAAAAGGACUCUCCAUGAAGUUGCCCUCCGGGGGAAUAGGUUUCUGGGUUAUACCUGAUUUGAAGGUGAAGUUCUGCGAGGGCCACGAGAAUGACAACAUAGAUAAGAUGGUGCUGAAGAAGUUGGCGAAACGCUUGGGGGAAUUUGAAUCCACGGAGGACAACACUAAUGAGGAUCUGGAAUCCGAAGAAAUAGCGGAUAACUCUGAUGAACGUUGGCCAUUAAUAAGAGCAUCCAGAAGACGCUGGAGGAAAAGUCGUUACAGCACCGAGGAUGACGAGGCAAUGCGAUAUAAGAAGCUGGACGCGAAGAGGGAUUUGCAAAGACUAGAGAAAUUGUUGAGAUGGCGUGAAAAUAUGGAAGGAAAACGGCCAUUAACAUUAAGGGGUAAACCAGCCGUCAUUGGCUUCGAGGAUAACACCUCCGAGAUUAAUGAUGAUGCAUCUGCCGAGGAGAUACGAACAAAAUUGCUGAUGUACAAGCGACGUUUAAACGAAUACGAAGCGAGAAAAAGAAAUUUCCUCAGGUUGAGAGAUAAGCAGACACCGGGUGAGAUUGAUCCAUUGGAUAAUGAAAGAAUUGGGGAGGCAAUGAGGCUUAUCAGUAAGCUGGAAAAUGCUGUAAAAAAUCUCGAUGGCACUCAGAAUUCACUCAAUGUGGGUAAUGAAAUCACGGCUGGUCUGAAUAGCACAAACGCUGAGGAGCACUUUCUGGACGAAUUAUUGAAGACGAGGAAGAUAAAGAGAACCAGUGUUCCCGAGAAAAUUGAGGAACAAUUGAACGCAAUCUAUGAAAUGCUGGCGGAAGAGAAGGAACGAAGACAGCGUCAAACUGAAACGAAAUUGGUAGAGAAUGUGAAGAAUGAGACGGUAUUAAGAAGCAAAAGGGAUGUUGAUAAGAAAUUUGGUGACGAUCCACUUGGACUACGAAAGACUUCGUUCUACACCAGAAGACGAAAUCUAAAUGAAGAAGUGAAGGAGAGGAUAUUGGAAAAACUUCGAAGGAGGGGAGAGAAGAAGGAUUUUCUUACCAUCGAUCGGAGAAAUCAGGCCAACAGUAAUGAGAAUAAUUUCUACGGUUUUGCUAAGCGAGAUCCACUCCCCGGAUUCCCCAAGGGCAAUGUCUACUUCGUGACUGGGACAUCGUCAGAAGAAAAGAGGAAUCAGGAUUAUUAUUACAUUGAUGAUAAAGGCCCUUACGAGGGAGGUAGACGAAAGAAGUCGAGGAACACAGGCAGAAUGGACCAUCAAGAGACUGAGCCCUGGACGGAAGAUGAUUGUGCAGAGGUCGGUUAUAUUCCCAAGGAGUUCUUGGAGGUGAGCCCAUUAGCCUAUCCGAUGAUCAACGACCAGCCGAAGAAACACGAAGAAUUAUUCGAGGCUGAAGCACGUGCGGAUGAUGCACCCAAUCACCCAGAGCUGGAGGAAGAUGACUCGGUGACAGAGAAAAUUCUUCGAGAAAAGCCACGUAAUGAGGCGCAGGACAAACAGACGAAGGAAAGAGUUAUUCAGAAGUUGAAGGGAUACUAUGGUGAUACAGGAUCGCUUGACUCAGAGGAGGAUGACAUGUUUGCAAUGGCGUAUGGGAAAACAGGUAGAAACAGUCCUCAGCGUGUGCAAAAGUCUCAAGAACCCCUGAUGAAGAAUGGUGGGAAAACGUCAGUGCAAUCGACUGUGGUUGAUGACUUGGGAGCAUUGAAUCCUCAUCGUCCUGUGGUGCCAUCAGCAGAGCUCGCCUCGUCCCCCAGGUUCGAUCAGGGAAGCCAGAGAGGGAAUAAAAGAUUCAGACGAGAUAUCGACUCAGUUCUCGACAGAGAAAUGAUAUUCCAGGAUGAAAAUAAUCUCAAAGACUGUCAAUGCCGAGUAAUCAGAGGGCUGAGGGACCUGAGCCACCCGAAAUGUGAGUUUCGCAGAAGAUUUCUGGAGAGAAUUCAGGAGAGGAGAGCAAAAAAUCUGGCUAAAAGAGAGAGACGUCUACGAAACAGAGAGAGAAACAGAAGAGAUAUCAUUGUAAAAGAGUACGAAUCUGACUCUCAGGAGGACUACGAGGACGAUCCUGAAGUUGAUGAGAGGGUAAAAGCAAUCGUGACGGUGGUUGAAAAAAUUCCACGAAACGGUGAAGAAGUUUUCGAUGACAGUGUUGACUUUGACGAAAAUUCGGAAUAUGAUGAUGAUACUGAGGAUAUUGCCGAUAAACUUUCUAAUGACUUUGAACCGUAUGUCAGAUUAGACAGAGAUUCAGCCUCUCCCUCAACUUUUCAAUCACAAAGGGCGGUAACUGUACCAACGACUAAUCCACCAACGACAACUACCAAGAGAAGAUUACAAAACCAGAAAAAUGUUAAAAAAACUGCUCGAACACUCGAAAAGAGCUCCAAACGAUCUCCAGUCCUUCCUAAAUUGUCUGAAAAUGUUCCUUCGAAGAAUCUUAGGACUAAACCAAUCGAGCCAACGAACUCACCCCUUCCAGAAAUACAACCUGAAAGGGUUUCUCCACAACCCAUUGAAGAAACAUCUCCUGAACUUGAGAUAAAAGCGACAACAUUAUCCCCGGUUUUGCAAUCAGAAAAUGGAAAAAUUCUCAAAGAAAUAGAAAUUGAAGGAACAACAACCGAGAGAUCCGCGAAUAUGAAGCCUGACAGCCUGGAAAAACCGGAGCCAAUGAAGAAAAGUAUGAGACCAGCCAGGAAAAUCCCGUUAAGAAGUAAAAUCAAAAGCCUAGACACCCUGAAAGCGGCUGGAGCCCACUCAAUAGCCAGAUCUCAGGCCCUUGUCGCCAUAAAAACUAGUGAUCUCAAACGAAAGCUAAAACCCCUAGAAUCUCCAUCAAAAAUCUUAGCAGCAGAAGCAGCAAAGCACCAGGCCCUCCACCAAAAAAGGCUGGAAGAGCUUGAAAAGUUGAAAGAAAAAUUGAGAAUCAAGCGGAAAAAUCUGCAGGAUUCAAUACAACUCGGUGACUUAGGAAAAUCCAGUGACAAUAUAGCGAAAGUUGUCAAGCGGCGUGAAAUUAUGCAGCUGUUGAAAGAAGAGCAAGAGCUCCAGAGUAUUGUUGACAAAGGAAAAUGGGACUACGUGAUGCUGUAUAAACCAAUUGAUUAUGCUUCACUACCAAAAAUGAGCAGUGGAGAACAUGAGCCGAUGAGUAAAUAUAUUCCUGAGUACACUGAAGUAGUUACACCACUUCACGAAACACGAGAGAGAAGAACUAACCCAGGACCAGCGUCAAAUUAUCAAAGAAAAUCCUCAAUUCUGACAUAUACUGAUGAAAACCCUGGUGAUACAGAAACUCGUGGUACUCAAUUCAUCCUCGGAGAAAAUUCCUUCGAAGCAACUGCUGAAAGUUUGGAAGAUCCCGGGAUACACGAGUAUCCGAUGCUUUUGACAACAAGCGAUGAGUUUUCAACUGCCGAACCAGAGGACUUUCUUAACGAGGAAGUGACACCAGACGCCAAAAGCAACCGAGGCGAUCGUCGUUCAAGGCUGUCAGCCUCCAAAAAUAAUGACGAAAAACUAAUGACAAAUGGAAAUACAAGACCUCAAUGUACACAUGUGAAAGAAGAACGGAGUGAAGCCCUUCCCGAGGAAUUAAAUACUCCCCUGAACAGUCCCUUGGAGGAGAACCAAGGGAGUCCCAGCAAUUUCUCUAGAAAUACCAGAUACGAUGGCUCAAAGUACGUUAGAUUAGUAACAGACAAGCUUCCAUCUAAAAAUGAGAAACAGAAUAAUAAAGAUCUCCAUGAAAGUCUCAACGUUGACGAGGCUCUCGACUCGAGUAAACACAAGCUGAUGAUGGUUCCUUUGAAGAAUCAGAAACGCCAGAGAGGGAGACGAGAAGUUGGUAACGCAAUCAAAAGGACGGAUUCUGAGAAUGAAGUCUGGGGUAAUGCAAUUAAAUUGAGCGAGAUGGAACAACAGAAAUUUGGACAUGAUUCUCUGGACAUUUACACGAGUGUAGACAUCUCCAGAAUUAAGCCGAUAACGAUGAAACCUGAGAAAGUCAUUCAGGAGGAUCCUCUGUCGUCAUUAAUUGAAGAGGCUAUACCCAAAAUAGGAGAUGUGGUGACUAAUGGGCUUGGUAAGGCGCAAAAUGUCACCGGGUCCAUCGAGAAAUUAAUCAAUGAGUUCGAGGAGACUCAGAAUGAAGCUGAAUAUGUAGACGAGAAAGCCCAGUUUCAAGAGGCGAUUAAAAAUAACCCGGAUGGUCUAUUGACUCAUGAUUUUUUUAGUGAAACUACUCGCAAUACCGUUAACUUUUUCAAUCUUCUUCGUGGAAUGGCUCACACUAUAUGUAAUUAUACACCCGAAAUGAAUGGAGUAGUCGAAAAUAGUUACAGACCACGGUGGCAGUAUUGGUCAGACAAGCGUUGCGGUCAAUUCGGCUCUGGUAGCAUAAUCAUCGAUACUAUAUUUUUGAAAACGAAAAAAAAAUCUGCUAGUAAAAGCAACCGGUAUUCAGUUAUUUUUCAAACAUUUCGAAACAUUCUGUUCAUCAAGCAUAAUCUACCGGCUAAUGACAUACAUAUCAAAUUCCACAGAUCAAGUGCGAUAAAUGACAUGCACACUCGAAUAUUUUAUAUUCUACUUUCGUCAUUGCAUGCACCCCUCAAACUCCCCACAAAGAAAACGGAAGGACAAAAUAAACCAGUUGUUGCACUAGUACCCGUGGACCGAAACACAAAUGGAGAUAGAAGUAAUGAAGUGGACUGGAAAUCGAUAACUCAUCCCGAGCACAAAACGAAACGCUGCAAAAGCCUGACCCCAUUACGAAAAGUCAGAUUGAGUGCACCACUGAAGAAGGUAAACAAUGACGGAACCAAAUCACAAUCUGGCAAUGCGAUGGAUAAAAUUGAGGUCGCCUUUCCAAGUUCAAAGAUAAAAAAUAUAUCUCCAAAAACGUGGAAACUGUCCACCUCAACCUACGACGAAUUAAUAGACUCCAAUCCCCUUUCAAGAUUCGCGAAGAAUAUCGAUGACUAUGAUGAGGAAGUCUCCACCGCGCGCAGACCCAGGGAGCCCUUCACCCCUCAAAAAAAGAAAAAAUAUCUCUGCCUGUGCCUCGACGAAGAGUGCGCCAAAAAGGAGCCUCUGAAGUCCUUCUACUUCGGAAGGAAUCAACCGGCACCAAAACUCCUCCAAAACGCAGAUUUAUACUCUCAAAUAGAUGCACUGGCUGCUAGUCACCCUCAGGAAGACCUAGAGGAGCACCAACGAUUGCCAUUAAUCUACAGAAAACAAGGGUCACGACGACUAGGGGACAAACGACUGAAGCAUAAGAAAUGCCAGCCUGUACUGGUGGCAUGUGAACCCACCGACAAUCCAACCAGGAUCCGCCUUCCCCUGCGAGUGCCGUCGAACCGAGGAUCGCUACGACUGACUGAAAGACCAUUUCACCCUCUUGACCACAAUUACCAGGGGCUCUCCUUAGCAGAAAGCAAGCACAACACUCCCUGGGGCUCCCCAUACGACAUUUACCAACUUCCGCCGCCACCAAUGGACAAUUCUCAGGGAAUGUCUGAGCUGCCUCACCUCGGAUCACCUUAUGGAGGAAUUCACGACCCAUGUUCCAACCCCGUUUUCUCCUCUUUGGAGGAGUGCGUUAAAUUCUGUGGGCGAAAGGUCUGUUACGCUGCCAUGAAUUACCUGUCCCUUCCGAAGGAUCCGUAUCCCUCUGAGUACUAUAAUCAGCCUGAUCACUACCAAACACCAAUUCUUGGAUCCCCACGUGAAUAUGGAUGCGAUAAUGACCUGGAGAACUAUGGGCGCAGUGGACUCGUUGAUUCCAGCACUGAUUACGUGAUGAGACUUCCCGAUGGUGAGGAAAGUUAUGGAGACGAGAGUUUCCAAGGUGCAAACAGCAAUCAGGAAUAUUCAUCUCUGGAUGAUGACGAACCAUUCGUUGAGAGUUCAAAUGACGAUUGCUCUGAAGCUCCACCCAUGAAAAGUGAAGGAGAAUCUGAUAAAGCUCCUCAGGAAGACCUGCCACGACUGGGGGGAGCACAUAAGAUCAUUGUUCAACCAGGAUUCACUCACAGAACCGGACAGGAGAUAAAUGACGCUGCUGAUGCUGAUGGAGAUUCGGCACAGACAUCAUCCUUUGAAAAAUACUCCCCUGGAGAUCUUAAUAAUGAUAUUUCAGACGAGGUGGAGGUAAAAGGGGCCCAAGCUGAAGGUAUUGGACUUGAAACAGAUGAAACUGUAGAAACCCCACUUCAGGAAACUCCUCAAAACGAUCCUGGGGACGUUGAUGAAGAGAAUUGUACCUACCCUGAAGAAUCCACAGAAGAUAAUCCCAAUUCAGGCAAUUAUGGUAGUCAAUUGGGUGUCACUGCUCCAUCCGAAACCGCAGGAAAUGUCUACGACGCAUCAGGAAUCACGACUGAAGAAGUCUCCAGUGAGCCUUCGAUAAUUGGAAAAUCAUAUGAAACUCCUGAAGCCUCAGUGGACUACAGUAAUUAUCAAAAAGCUGAGGCACCAGUUGAUCCUCCAGCACCCGCAAUAGGAGCCCCUAAAAAUCCCCAACAAUUGGUAUUUUCUGAUUGUCCCCUGGCAGAACCAGCUAGUCCUUCAGCCAACCAACACUUGCAGGAUCUUGAAGCACUCACGGGACUGAGUAUCGAAGACAGCAAACUCCUUCGAGGAGCGAUCUACGAAGCUAUAAAUCGUGUGGCAUCCAACAGAAAACAAGAAAUCAAACCAAACAAGGUACCUUCCUCCUGCGACAUCAUUGGAGCGCCUGAACCAGAGAAAAUUCCAGGACUUGGAGACAAUGCCCUCUUGAAAAAUCUCUUCCACAUGCCGGAAGUAAGAAAUCUCGUACUGGGUACCGUGAAAGCAUUGAUUCCACAGCUGACGGGAACAUCCAGGGACAGUGGCCUGGGAAAACUGACGGACAGCAUCGUCGGCAAAUCCCUGAAUGUUGUCGUCGGAGAGGAAGAUCCCCCCGAGGAUUCAGUCGAGCCUUCUCUGGGGCUGGUGAACGAAAACGCAGAGUCAAUUCCAGAUCAAAUCAUCAAAAUUCUCACCACCUUGAUUAAUCAACCUGGCGUUGGUCUCGAUAACGCCAGAUUACCGGGAAUUCAGAAUAUCAUAGUGAGAACUUUGGAGGGUGUUCUGCGGCGGUCAAAGAACGUGGUGGACAACGCCAUCAUCUGGGAGGCUCUGAACGAUAUUCUGAACCCAAGAGGUCCGGUGGUUGCUCCAACUAUUCGGAGACCAACGGCUAAGAAUGUCGUACCUCCAAAACCAACAUUGCCUCCUCCUGAUUUUCGCAAAGAUAAAGUGAAAAUGAAGCCCCUCGGAUUCUUUCCAGUCACCGAACACUACAUCGAGAACGGCGAGUGGCGCGAAACUUCAGUCACCAUUGGCUACAAAGGGGAAUUCCCCAAAGCAAUGAUACCUGAAUACCUCGAAAACGAUGUGGAGAACGUGGGCGCAGCCCGGAAAGCCGACGGCGAAGAGGACAAUGCACCAAUCAAGUAUCAUUCUCCUCAGGACAUUGUGCUACAAUAUAUUAAAAAUCACCCUGCAGGUGAGGCCAAUGUAGAUGCUUCCCAUCUGGAGAAUGAUGCUGACGAUUGUGUCUCUGAGGAGCCCAUCACUGGAGACCAAUCGCAGAAUUGUGAUGAUGUCGCUGACUCUGCGGUACGAGAACCUGGGAGUAUUGUAGGGUCUCCAGUAUCAAACCCAAUAUAUUUUGGAAAAAUAACAGCCCCAAAUGCUGGCAGUCUGUCCAGCAUCAGUGACCUGGAGGACAGUGACCUUCUCUACAUCGGAGAUGGGGUGAAACUACCCCUCACUAUCAAGAGAACAGCGGACGGUUCUCUGACGUUGAUGCUCUCCGAAAAAAUCUGCCAAAGUUUUCUCCAGCAAAAUUGUCCCUGCUGUGUACCACAGCAGGGUGGACAAGUGAGAUACAGCAGACGAGCUGGAGAAGAAGAAAAUUCUCGAGAAAUAAGGCCAACAACUGUUAAUGAUAACGAGGCUAUUGACAGCCUGAUGUCUGAGGAGCCACCGGUGGUAACAAUGAUGCCAGUUGAGAAAUUCGUGGAGAAGUACAACCUGACGUUGAAUUCCAAAGACAACGCAAUCGUUUCUUCGUGGAGAGACAAAAAUUUUAAAUUAGGGAAGAGAGAAGAAGAAUCGGAAUUAAAUGAUUCAGCAGAUGGAGAAGAAGAAACGGAUGAUACAGCUUCUGAGGAAAGUGAUGAUGAGGGGAAGGGAACUCGCAGUACCUUCGAUAAAGAUCAAUUCAUUCAUGACAUUCUGUCACUUCAAGAUUCACCGGAGAACAAUCAGGCAGCCGUGGUAAUAAAUAUGAUAGAUGACCUUCUAACCCUCCGAAGUGAAGAAUCGUCGAGAGAGAAAGGGAAACCGGAUGGCUUUGGGUAUCAGAAGGACAAUCCCUUCUUGAGGAGGAUGAAAAAGAUUGAAGAUGGUCAAUCAGAGCACGGAAGGUACAAGUAUCAACGAAAUCUCGAAGGCACGACUAGGGUAGGGAUGGACGUCGCGAAGGAUGUUCUCCAGUGGCUGAAAGAAUUAAUUAUUCAGUCAACAACAACGGAAAUGAGAUAGUCAUUCGCGAUAUUCACUCACCUCAUUUUUGUAAGCUUUUGUAAAUAAGUGUUUCACUUUCUUCACGAUCAUGACUCUACUGAAGUUUUUUCUGAAAAAAUCAUUAUAGAACAUUAGUUAUUUGUUUGGGAAUCCAGAAAUGUGGAACUUGUAAUCAUAGAAUAUUUUUUAUACUUCAUAAAAUAUGUACUUUAUAUUAAAUUGUUGUGAAUAGUGACGAAUGAUAAUAAAUAAAUGAAUACUCUCUCUCACUA